AGUAAGUCUACGAUUUUGGAUUUCGUAUUUAAUGCCAAAAAUCAAUUUACUACGUGACAUAAGUGGGAUAGAUACUCUCCUCUGGACUUUUUCCUUCAUUCUCAUUUCCCAGAAGCCGUGUGCGCCAUCAACCACCCGGACAGCGACCUUCUCGCCGGAAUUCCAGAUUUCCCAAGGCAGCUUAUAUCCAUUAUACUUGGCACCAUAUAUCCAUUAUACUUGGCUUCAAUAUCCUACUACUGCAGUUUCUUCACGAUGUCCAUGCUAAGUAAGUUACGUUUAAUAACUGUCGACGUUACCGGAACACUUAUUGCUUACAAAGGGCAGCUCGGUGACUACUACUGCAUGGCUGCAAAAUCGAUCGGGCUCCCAUGUCCCGAUUACAACCGAGUUCACGAGGGUUUCAAACUUGCUUACACGGAGAUGGCAAGGAAGCACCCGUGUUUUGGGUUUGCCGAGAAAAUCCCCAAUAUUGUUUGGUGGAAGACGCGCAUCUACGCUACUUUUGGUUCGGCUGCACCGUAUAGUAUCUUCCCUGAUUCACAGCCAUUCCUGAGAUGGCUUCGGGGAGAAAAAGAUAUUACUGUUGGGAUCGUGAGUAAUGCAGAGUAUCGGUAUCAGGAUGGAUCGGAGUGGGAUUUUGGCGUAUUCUCAGGUCUGGAGGGUAUAGAGAAGCCGGACCCAAAAAUGUACGAGAUAGCAUUGGAGAGGGCAGGGAACAUAGCACCCGAAGAGGCUCUUCACAUUGGGGACAGCAUGCGAAAGGAUUAUUUGCCUGCCAAGGCUGUGGGGAUGCACGCCUUAUUGUUAGACCGGUUCAAUACACCUGAUGCGGAGAAUUGGAAGGAAUCCGGGGCCACUGUGUUACCUGACUUGGUGGCUGUGAAAUCUUGGCUUUCUUCUGAGCAAAACGAUGGCUAGGAGCUUAUUUCCACCGACACAUUUUCCUUUUUUUUUUUUUUU